AUUUAGCUUUCUGUGGAAGGACAAUGGUUGGCUCAUUUGAUAAUAAUAGCCCCAAUUUGGCCAACCCCAGAGGUUCCCCAUUACAUUCAGUAUCUAAUAUUAAAAUUGACCUUCAGCAGCCCAGUGAUACAAUAAAUGGGGGGGAAAGACUCUCUGGAAUAAAGCAUCCAAGAGUGCAGCAAAAACCAAGAACUACAGAUGAGCACACAUGUAGAAAAUAUUUGAGCAAUGCUUAUGUUUCAAAAUUAGAUAAUAAACUACUUGAGGGUGUUGGUGUUCCUGAGACACAGAAACUCAAACAUGUUGUAAGCUGGGCAGAAUUGUUUCUUAAUAAAUCUUCUGUUAGAGAUGGCAUGCAAGAAAGUUCACAGUCAGCUGGAGACAUCAUGCAAGGAAGUUCAAAGUCAGUUCACAUCCUAGAUCAGGACACUGAAAAGGAGAUAAUCCAAACCAGCGAAGAUCUUCAGCUUUUACAGGCAAAUGUUUUCACUGGAUCAAUCCCUUUUGUGCCCUUUGAAAAUAGCUCAGAGCAUGCUGCAAGAUGGUCCCCUCCUACUUCUUUGAUUAGUAAUAUAUUAUCUUCUACAAGCAAGAGUUUAUGCCUUACUCAGAUAACCAAACAUGAGAGGGAAGAAAAGGAUAUUGUGGUCUCCACCAACAUUUCAGGAGAAUGUGAAGCAGAUGACCACAUGCACCACAGCACAAGAAAUGUCAGUUUUCAGAAAUCUCAAAUUGCAUGCCAGGCAAAUGAUUCAUGUACAACUGCAAUAGGCUUGAAUGAAAGUGAAAAUUAUUUCUGGGCUCCUCUCAAUGACAGUUCAGAUGAAGAAUUGCCAGAUGUGAAGGCAAUGAAUACAUCAUCACCAUAUACAAAGGAACACAAAGGUUCUCUUGACAGUAGUAGCUUUUUUCAGCCAGAAAACAUGAAAUGUUUCAGUUUAUCAGAGCUGGGAGGCAGACUUCCCUCUGUAAGAAAGACUGACAGCUGUGAAAAGUGGAAUCCAGGAACAGAAAAUAUCUUGGAGAUCAAAGAACAUAAGUGCAAAGAUUUCAUAUGGACUGUAAAACCUGACAGGUCCAGUGGGACCAACAAUACUGCAGAAAGCACCACUGAACAGACUACAAACAGAGACAUCUCUUUGGAUCCUGUGACAGAGGUAAGGAAAGAUGCAUCGAGGGACAGGCUGUUAGAUGCUGAGCCUCUAAAGGAAGAUGAUGAACCUAAGAAAGAAAGAAAUGAACCUAAAUCAGAACAUAUGCUAGGGAGGGGUAAGAUUUUUGAAGAGUGGAAAUGUGCUGAAGAAGAACAAGUAGAUGGUGUGUCUAAUGGAGCCAACUGUGAUGCAGAUCAAAGGGGAAUAGAAUUAAAAUCCAUGAUGAAAGAACCAACUGUACAGACUAGCAGUUUCUGUAAUAAUUCAUUACUGAAACCUUCAGAAAAUAGUACUUUUAAAGUGAGUCCAGAUUGUUUUAAUCUCAGUUACAAAAGUACUAACUUGUGCAUUAAUUGUAACUCUAUUCUAGUAGACAUGUUGCCACAAUUUGAUGAUGACAGUAUACCACAUAAGUCUGAUAUAGUCCAAAGAUAUGUGCAAGAAGAUGUAAGUGAAAAUAUCUCUGAUGAUGUUAUCAAACUGAUAAUGGGUCCCAAAAGUAUUUCAGAAGAGUUCCUUGUCCCAAAAGUAAAUGUUGAUGAUCACAAGAAGCUAUUAUGGAAUGACAAAUUCAUGUCUUUUUCCAACCAUGACAAUAGUGUUUUGGCUAAAUAUUACUUUUACUUAAACUGUCUCAGUGAGACCAAAAGGCUUCAACGUGAAGAUAAAAAGCAUUUGUUCUCUUGUAAAGUAUUCAGAGGAUUUUCUGAAGAUGUAAAAUUUUCUUCAUGCUGUCAUUGUAAGAGUAGUAAUAGCUAUGAGUCUGAGGAUACUGAAAAUAUGAAUAAGGAUUUUGAAGCUUCAGAAGUGAGCUGCCAUAACGAUGAAAGAACUGAGGCUACAAAGCAACAGGGAAGUCAUCCUGAAGAACAGGAGUCAAAGCCUUUGUUUACAAAUAGUUGCCCCAACCCUUCGACUGAUCUUGAAUUGACUAACAAGAGACAAUCAAGAAACUCACACACUUCAAAAGAAAAGAAGGUAUCUGAGACAAGGAGAAUUGGCACAGAUGUGGCCAGGAGGCACUGGGAGAAAGCCAGCAUUGCAUGGUCAUCUUAUGCACAUGGAGAACUGAAGCCAAGAUCACGGUGUUUUCAAAGACCCGCAUCAGCCAAUGAAACCAAAGGGAAGAACUAUAAGGCUUGGAACCUUCCAUCUUCAGGCUGUGUCCCUUUCAAACAGCCCAAAGCAAAUUCCACCUCUGAUGUAACUGUGUCAAAUAAAAAUCAGGAAAAGACAUCUAAUUAUCAGGAAAAAAGAAGUUUUCUUAAAACCACAAAUGCAUGGACACAAUCCAGACAGCAGCAUGAAAGUGCCUUUCAAGGUUGUAAUGAAAUAAAUUCAAAAAGUAACAGUGACAAUCUCUUGCCAUGGCUGCUUCUUCCUGAUGAAUUAUGGCUCUGUAUCUUCUCCCUGCUGACUCAUAAAGAUAUUUCACGCAUUUCCCAAGUCUGUCACCGCUUUUAUCAGCUUGGAAGGGAUGACUCGUUCUGGAAAGAGAUCCAGCUUACAGACUGUCGCUGCUUAAAUGAUGAUUGGUUGGCCAAUUUAGGGAAUCGUCAUCCCCAGCAUUUCACUCUUGAUCAUUGCCACGAUGAAACCCAGAGAAUUACUGAUGUGGGAUUAAAGCAGUUCUUUCAGCACUGCAAAAGUUCUCUUAAGGAAUUGAACAUAAAAAGCUGCAGUGGUCCUGGACUUAGAGGGGACACAGUUUUACUUCAUGCAAGUGCCUUUUGCAAUCACCUGACAACUGUAGAUGUAAGCUGGACAGGAGCUACUGAUUCAGGACUAAUUGCUCUAAUAAAAGCUUCUUUACGCCUAAAGUGCCUUUCUGCAAAUGGAUGCCAGAUUACAGAUGAUGCAGUCGCUACCUUGGUUGAAAAGCAUGGGAAGAGCCUUGAGAAACUUGAAAUAUUUGGCUGUCAUGCUGUUACUGCCAAGUGCCUGAGAUCUGUUGCUGUGAAGUGUUCAAAUCUAAAGGUACUGAAUAUUGGCAGAGUCCACAAGGUUACUGAGGACUGCUUGGCAAAGGUGGUGAACUCUAUGAGAAAGCUAACUAGUCUCAAUGUUACCGGGCUUAAUAUGGUGAGGGAUUGUGUUGUUCACUUAAUUGUGAAGAAAUGUCCUGACCUGGAAUGUCUGGUCCUCAAUUCCUGCUCUCAAGUAACUGAUAUCAGUUUAAUGGAAAUUAGCACUUACCUACCAACCAUCAGAUAUCUUGAUGUCAGCAGCUGUAAAGAGGUUACCGACGUUGGAAUUCAAGCUUUGGUAGGGAGCUGCUCAAAGCUUGUUUACCUUGAUUUGAGUUUGACAACAACAAGCAGAAGAGGGGUUUGUUUGCUGGCAAGUUUCUGCUUCAGAACCCUGGAAUGUGUGAAGCUUAGUUUCUGCAAAUAUAUCACUCUGGAUGCUAUUCUAAAACUAUGUAAAAACUGCAAAAGACUGAAGAUACUUCAUUUAUAUGGUUGCCGAUUCAUGCCUGAUUUAAAGUCCAUUAAAAAAAUCAAUAAAACUGUUGAAGUGUUUCAUGACUUCUCCGUACCAGCUGCUAAACUGUCAUCUGAAUGAGGAACUCCACCAAAAUAAAACAUGGCUGCAGCGAAGAGAUGCUAGAUCAGUUUGUCUGGUACAUAUAUAUAUAGUUUUAUUAAGUAGGUACAUACAAAUUUGUCUUUGGCAAGAUAUAGGAACCUAUGUUUGCUGAACCUUAACUUAGCUAUUUAUGGCCAAACUAGAUGAGACAAGACGUGCAUCUAGUUUUCACGAACUUUUUUUAAGCAGCUGUGGAGACUGCUUGAUAUGAAUUAGGACUGCAGCACUGGAGGGUAUAUGUUUUUCUUCCAAGGGGAAAUAACAGCUUGAUGGUGCAUGAUGGUGGAUUCUGUUAGGAAAACUGCUUGGGCAGGGAAAGGUUUAUCCCACUUCCACACCACACUCCUGAUCUGAUCAGUCCCCCUCCCCACAGCUAUAUUUUUUUAAAAAGUUUAAGAAGACAGAAAGGCAAUGAAGCAUUUAUUCCAGCAUUUAAACUAAUUUUAAAAGCAUUUAAACUAAUUUUAAAAUGUGUUUAAGCUGCUUUGCAUUGUGUUUUCUUUGUACUUUUUGGUCUGUUAUGAUUUAAUGUGUUAUGUGUUUUUAUUGUAUGUUUUAAUCCUCUGUUGUGAGCCGCCCAGAGAACAAUUUGUUAUGGGGUGGCUAACAAAUAAAGUUUAUUAUUAAUUCUCCUCCUCCUCCUCCUCCUCCUCUCUAUUUAAGCUCUUCAUUGCCAUAUUCAACAUCUGUAGAAUGGGGAGGGAAAAUACCUUCCUAGGUUGCAAGAGAGACAGUUUAGCAUAAUCUGAAAAUAGGUACAAUAAAGUUGUUAAACAUCA